AUGGAUGCUCCGUCGCCCAUCUACACGCCUGCCGUCAGUUCAGAGUCCGACGGAGACUUGCGGAAGAUGGAGCUUGUGUAUUUCAGCAAUGAAUUUCCCAGAGAAGAUCUGCAGGAUCUCUUUCGACGUCUGAAUAACCACAGCAAGGACCGGCAUCACCCUGUCUUGGCUCGAUUUAUAAGCGAGGUCACGUGGGCUGUGAAAGACGAAAUUAGACGACUUCCGACCGAACUGAAGCAACUCUUUUCACCAUUUGACACCGUUUUCUCGUGGGCGGACGAUACGAAGCUGCGUGACGGUCUUCUAUGCGGCGCUGUUGACGGAGUGCUGCUCAUCGUCGUCCAAUUAGCGACGUACAUUGGAUAUGCAGAGCACCAUCCAGCAGAGCUGAGGGACCUUGCACACACAUGCCUCGCAGGACUGGGUGUUGGAUUGCUCACAGCAACUGCCGUUGCACUGUCAUCGACGAUAGCCGAUAUACCACUGGCCGGCGCAGAUGCCGUUCGCCUGGCCUUCCGCCUGGGGAUCCACGUCCAGGGCAUCUCCGAGAAUUUGGAAGGCCGCGAGCUGUCAGAAAGCCCAGAUACGUGGGCAUAUGUGGUUCACAAUGUCGAUCCCGUGGCAGCCCAGGAGGAGCUCGAUAUCAUGCACUCCAAAGAAAUGAAACCUGAUACCGGAAAAAUCUUUGUAAGCGCUGUCAGCCGGACUUCAGUAACAGUGAGUGGGCCUCCAUCAAGAUUAAAGACGUUGUUCGUCAAGUCCGAAUUCUUUCGGGGGGCCAAAUUCAUUGCACUGCCAGUCUACGGCGGCCUCUGCCACGCACCGCAUAUCUACGGCCCUCAGGAUACGAACAGCAUCAUCUAUGGCAGUUCAUUGAGCACUCUCGACACGGAUUCUCGGCCAGUGAUACCAUUGUACUCAACCAGCACUGGUCUGCCAUACCAAUCCAAGAAUACAGCUGAGCUGUUCGAAAGUGUCAUCUCUGAACUCCUCACGCAGGCGAUCUAUUGGGACCAUGUCAUUCGUGGAGUGGUCGACAGAGUGAAAUACACCAUUACCUCCGAAGUCGUGUUGUACUGCUUUGGCAACUCCAUACCGCUUAACGACCUCAACAUCGCUUUGAAAAGCAGUACUUCAAAGCUCAGCAUCUCGAUCAGCAACCUCAUGCCAUGGAUAGCCCAAGCCACGCCAAGAGACACAACGCCCCGCAACGCAGCGCAGUCCAAGCUCGCCAUUGUCGGUAUGUCCUGUAGACUUCCAGGGGGCGCGAGCAGUACUGAAAAGUUCUGGGAGCUCCUCGAAAAGGGCUUAGACGUCUCGCGCCAGGUUCCAGCUGACCGAUUCGACAUCGAAACACAUUACGACCCGACAGGUAAGCAGCUUAACAAGACUAUGACGCAAUACGGGUGUUUCAUUGAUGAGCCGGGCUUGUUCGAUGCGCCUUUUUUCAACAUGUCCCCACGUGAAGCCCAAGUCGUUGAUCCGCAGAUGCGUUUGGCUCUUGUUACCGCCUACGAGGCGAUGGAGCGUGCUGGUUUUGUUGGCAACCGCACCGCUGCUACACAAUUAGAACGCAUUGGAACGUAUUAUGGCCAAGCCGCUGACGAUUAUCGUGAGGUCAACCAAGGUCAGGAAGUCACUACCUAUUAUAUUCCCGGUGGAUGCCGUGCUUUUGGUCCUGGACGUAUCAACUAUUUCUUUAAGUUUGCGGGUCCUUCUUAUAGUAUUGAUACGGCUUGCUCUUCUGGACUUGCAGCAAUUGAGGUGGCUUGUCAAGCACUUUGGAACGGCCAAAUCGACACAGCGAUCGCCGGCGGUGUCAAUGUUCUUACUAACCCAGACGGUUUCUCGGGUUUGUGCAACGGCCACUUCCUGACCACGGGACAGAACGCAUGCAAAACUUGGGAUGCCACUGCGGAUGGGUAUUGCCGUGCAGACGGAAUUGGAUCUCUUGUUAUCAAAAGACUUGAAGACGCUGAAGCAGAUUACGAUAAUAUCCUAGGUGUUGUUCUCGGUGCUGGAACUAAUCAUUCUGCCCAAGCCGUUUCAAUUACUCACCCACAUGCUGGUCAUCAAGCUUAUCUAUCCCGUCAAGUACUACGCCAGGCCGGCGUAGAUCCCCUGUCCGUGUCGUAUGUUGAACUUCAUGGCACCGGUACUCAAGCUGGUGACCACGAGGAAAUGCAGGGCAUUAUGAACGUCUAUGCCCCGCUUACCAAACGCCGCAGCCAGCCACUCUAUAUUGGCGCAUCGAAGGCGAACGUGGGCCACAGCGAAUCUGCUGCGGGCACGACGGCAUUGAUCAAGGUCCUUCUCAUGCUCCAAAAGAACGCCAUUCCGCCCCAUGUAGGCAUCAAGACUGAGAUCAACCCCAAGUUUCCCCGAGACUUUGACAAACGUAAUCUCCACAUCCCUUUUGAGGUGACGCCUUGGGAGCAGAUACCGGGCAGAAAGCGGCUUGCAGUUGUCAACAACUUUGGUGCAGCUGGCGGAAAUACAACUAUGUUGCUGGAAGAGGCCCCAAUUCGUGUCAUCACCGAGACCGACCCGCGUCAGACUCACAUCAUUGCUAUCUCUGCAAAGACUAAGAUUUCACUAUCUGGGAAUAUCGAGCGUUUGAUUGCAUAUCUUGACUCCCAUCCAGACGUCAAUCUAGCCGACCUUUCAUAUACGACGACGGCACGCCGCUACCAGCAUACCCAUCGUGUGGCAAUUGCCACAUCUGACGUGGCCCAUCUCAAGAAGCAGCUCACCUCUCGCCUGCAGAAGAUUGAUGCCAUCAAGGCAGUCGGAAAGUCCGAUCCACCGCCCAUCGCUUUUGUCUUCACUGGUCAAGGUGCGUCGUAUAAGUCUAUGAGUCUCGAAUUAUACCACAACGUACCGACAUUCCGAGAAACCAUUGAGCAUCUUGAUUGUCUCGCUCAAGGCCAAGGCUUCCCAUCUUUCGUUCCUGCGUUAGAUGGGUCGCAUCCCAAGGACCACGCUCACUCUCCAGUUGUUACUCAGCUUGCACUAGUCUGUAUUGAGAUUUCUUUGGCCAAAUACUGGUCUUCUCUCGGGGUUAAACCGGACAUCAUCAUGGGACACAGCUUAGGCGAGUACGCUGCGAUGCAUGUAGCAGGCGUAGUCACUGCAAAUGACAUUAUUUUUAUGGUCGGACGCAGGGCUCAGCUGCUGCAGGAGAAGUGCAAGAUUGGCAGUCAUACUAUGAUGGCCAUACGUGCUUCUCUUUCGCAGAUAGUCGAGAACUCAGGAGGCAACCCGUACACAGUUGCUUGCGUCAACGGUCCUUCAGAUACAGUACUCAGCGGUACCAAGGAUCAAAUGGAUAAGAUCGCUGUCCCACUCGAGACUGCCGGGUUCCGCUGUAUCAAGCUAGACCUCGCUUUUGCUUUCCAUUCCGAGCAGGUUGAUCCUAUUUUGGACGAUUUCGAAGCCCUUUCGAAGACAGGUGUUAUCUUCCAAGAGCCGAAACUACCAGUCAUCUCACCACUGCUCGGCAAAGUCAUUUUCGACGGCAAAACUCUGAACGCAAAUUAUGUGCGCCGGGGUACCAGAGAGGCAGUCGACUUUUUGUCCGCUUUGAAGAAUGCUCAAAACAUUUCCGCCGUCAGCAACGAGACUGUAUGGAUCGAGAUUGGGCCGCAUCCCGUUUGCACCGGCUUUGUCAAGUCUACCAUUCCAGAUACCCAGCUUGCUAUCCCUUCAAUCCGUCGCGGCGAUGAUAAUCUGAAGACUAUGUCCGAGAGUAUGGCCGCACUCCACCUUGCUGGUGUUGAGGUUAGCUGGAACGAAUUCCACCGCCCGUUCGAAAAGUCGCUCCGUCUUCUGGAUCUGCCUACGUACGCCUGGAACGAUAAGACUUACUGGCUACAGUACAACGGUGACUGGUGCUUGACUAAGGGUAAUACUUUCUAUGACACCAAGAAAGGUCCCACCAAACCGGUAUCCAAGCAGGCUGGCAAUAUCCAGACGUCAACGGUGCAGCAGAUCAUCGAGGAGACUUUCAAUGGUUCUGCCGGAACAGUUGUCAUGCAGUCUGAUCUUAUGCAGCCAGAUUUCCUAGCUGCUGCUCAUGGACACCGGAUGAACAGCUGUGGUGUCGUUACAUCGUCUAUCCACGCCGACAUUGCCUACACUCUGGGUGGAUAUAUCCACCGGAAAUUUUACCCUAAGAGCACCGAGGUGACCGCGAAUAUAGCCGACCUGGUCGUUACGAAGGGUCUUGUCGCUCAGAGCAACAAUAAGAUGCCUCAGUUGAUACAGGUGACUGCUACCACUGGUGAUAUCCGCUCCGGGGUGGACUUGACGUGGCAAAACGUGGACAACGAUGGCAACGUCCAGGAACCCUUUGCCACCGCCAGUAUUCUUUACGGCGUUGCAACUGAUUGGCUCUCCUCUUGGACUCCGAUCGCUCACCUCGUUCACAGCCGAGUCGAAGCGCUGGAGCACUUGGCCGUCGAAGGCAAAGCAAGCCGCUUCUCGCGUAACAUGGCAUAUACCCUCUUUGCCAGCAAAUUGGUGGACUACGCUGAGAAGUAUCGCGGCAUGCAAACGGCUGUGAUAUACGACCUGGAAGGAUUCGCCGAUGUACAACUCACUAGCAAGGAAAGCGGCGUCUGGACAGUGCCGCCAUACUUUAUUGAUAGCGUGGCGCACUUGGCUGGCUUCAUUAUGAAUUGCUCCGAUGCCAUGGAUACACAAAACAAUUAUUGUGUGACACCUGGUUGGAAAUCUAUGCGUUUUGCGAAGCCUUUAAUCCCAGGAGCCAAGUAUCGUUCAUACGUUAAGAUGAUUCCGACGGUUGAGGACCCAACGAUUUAUUUUGGCGACGUGUAUAUCAUGGAACAAGACGGUGCCAUCAUGGGUAUGGUUGGCGGUAUCCAAUUCCGCCGCUAUCCACGUAUCUUGCUCAGCCGAUUCUUCUCUCCUCCGGAACAGACUAAGGAGGAGGGCACACGAAAGAUUUCACCUCCUCCAAGCUUAACGCCAGCGCCAGUAGCAUCGAAGAAUACUAAAUCGGAAGCGAGGAAAGCGCACUCUCGCCAUGACUCCGCUGUCGAGAUGAGUAUUCUCUCACCAGGCGAGCUCGCCACGACGCCUCAUCCUGUCAAGGACGUCAAAUCCGUCGCCGUUGAUGCCGCAGCACCAUCCGCCGAGUCCACGGUCGAUUUGAGCACUAUCACUGGCAAAGCACUAGCGCUGAUUGCUAAGGAGGCCGCAUUAAGCAUGUCCGACUUGGAGGAUGAAGCCGAGAUCGCUAGCUUGGGCAUUGACAGUCUCAUGUCGCUCGUCAUCGCUGAAAAGUUCAAGACAGAGCUAGAUAUCAAAGUCGGUGGUAGUCUGUUCUUGGACUACCCCACCAUUGGCGAUCUGCGAAAGUGGUUAGACGAGUAUUAUAGCUAGAUAGAGAAGCUGUCGAAGGACAUCGGUUUCGUUCCUGUUUCUCUUUAUUUCGUUUGUCUGGCAUAAGCGGUCGAUAGUAUAUAGCCAUUGAUAAACGACUUUUGGCGCAGAACUUCGGAACUUUACUUCGGUCUAACAAAUUAGAG